AUGGCGGACGAGGGUAGCAGUGAUGGGGGUAGCAGUGACGGGGGUAGCAGUGACGGGGGUAGCAGUGACGUGGGUAGCAGUGACGAGGGUAGCAGUGACGGGGGUAGCAGUGACGGGGGUAGCAGUGACGGGGGUAGCAGUGACGGGGGUAGCAGUGACGUGGGUAGCAGUGACGGGGGUAGCAGUGACGGGGGUAGCAGUGACGGGGGUAGCAGUGACGGGGGUAGCAGUGACGGGGGUGGCAGUGACGGGGGUAGCAGUGACGGGGGUAGCAGUGACGGGGGUAGCAGUGACGGGGGUAGCAGUGACGGGGGUAGCAAUGAUGGGGGUAGCAGUGAUGGGGGUAGCAGUGACGGGGGUAGCAGUGAUGGGGGUAGCAGUGACGGGGGUAGCAGUGACGGGGGUAGCAGUGACGGGGGUAGCAGUGACGGGGGUAGCAGUGAUGGGUGGCCGCGCGGGGUUGGAAGGGAGGCGGAGCGGGGGGGGGAGGCGCAGGGAGGGGAGGGAAGAGGGGGAUGCGAGCGCGUGUGGGCGAGUGCGGGUGAACCCAGUUACCCAGGUACGUGGGUGGGAGAGCAUGGGUGUGGGGGGGGGAAAGGAGAGGCAGACACCGAAGCAGAAGCGAGUGGUGGUGCUGGCGAGACAGGCACGGGGGGUGAGGGAGUGCUGUUCACGGGCGUGGAGGGACGUGAAGGAGCGCUGUUCACGGGCGUGGAGGGACGUGAAGGAGCGCUGUUCACGGGCGUGGAGGGACGUGAAGGAGCGCUGUUCACGGGCGUGGAGGGACGUGAAGGAGCGCUGUUCACGGGCGUGGAGGGACGUGAAGGAGCGCUGUUCACGGGCGUGGAGGGACGUGAAGGAGCGCUGUUCACGGGCGUGGAGGGACGUGAAGGAGCGCUGUUCACGGGCGUGGAGGGACGUGAAGGAGCGCUGUUCACGGGCGUGGAGGGACGUGAAGGAGCGCUGUUCACGGGCGUGGAGGGACGUGAAGGAGCGCUGUUCACGGGCGUGGAGGGACGUGGAGGGACAUGCGGGGCUAGAGGGAGCUAUGGCGAUUGUUGGGAAGCUGGUUGA